GUCGUUGUGAUGGACGCAGAUCAUGGGCAAAAACAGCAAAAAGGCAAUGGCGACUAUCCAUUGGACGGUCAAUGAGCUCACCGUGAAAAAUUUCGGAAAAAUGUGAUCUACACGUCGCGAUCGACGAGCGUAAAUUCGAGGUGUGGCCUGAAGGCGGAGGAAUAUUGUUGCCUGCAAAGGUAGAAAUGGCAUCCAAUAAGAACAGGCAAUGGCUGGUAGACAGGCGGACCUGUCUUCGAUUUGAUUAGGUAUGUAUGCUGGUCGUUGACAGGUCAAGUAAAAAAGUACGACAGCAGGCAGGAAGGAGUAAAUGAGCGAGCGCACUUGAGUAAUGAGCGAGACUCGGCAUUAUCCUAUUCGCUCGGUCUCCGAUUUAUACGCAGCCGAGGAAAUAGAAGUGCUUCUCCUAGAAGAAAUACGCGACUUAGAACCACCACCUGCAAUAUAUUCUAGACCCGAGGAUAUUCAGGACUUCGAGAUUGCAGGCAGUAGGACAGGGGGGCGAAUCAGCUCCCAAUCAUCGGAGCUGGAUUCGCCAGGAGUCCAUUCAACAGUUCACUCUUGGGAUUCACAUGCUAACUAUCAUGGUCACUAUGGUGAUAGUGAUCACAGGCCUGGUUCUUCAUCCAAUGCUCUGGCUUGGUCUCGCGCAAGCCAUGUGGUUAUUUAUUGUGAUAUACAAGGACAUCUUAAAACAGCUACAGGUGUUGUUAGACUCUUAUUACUUAUAUCCUCUGCAGCUUGUUUGGCCACUUUAUGCAGUUCUGGCACUGCUAAGAUCAGUCUUUUUAUGCUGCCUUUAGCAGAUCGUUUACGAUUCAUGAUCUUUGUAGCUGUUUUCUGUUUUUUGGUCACCGCAGCUCUUCUCUUCCUUGAUAUUUCACAUGUUAUUUACAUCCUUCCUUUAAAUUGGGCUAAGCUGAAUACUAUAGUAUUCACUGGCAUAGGUUUCUCAUAUGCAGCAAGUAGCGCUUUACUAGCUUGUACAGUAUGGGAAUACCAUAGUGGAGGCUGGGUACCAAGACGCACACGUUCCCAACUAACUGCUGCAGCAGUAGUAGGACUUUCAUGCGCUCUUUUAGCAUUUUUACUUUCAUGGAUACAUUGUCGGAAUGGAUCAAGUUGUAAGGGUCAAGAUUCUCGUAGUCAUACACCAACACAACUCUACAAACCUGUUGAUAAUUCUUCCUCCUCCGGGGUCACUUUGAAGGAACGUAGUCCUAAAAGACCUGCCUCAUGGACCGUGAAAAAUCAACAAUCGAAGAAGCGCAACACGGACAGUGACACGAACACGAGUAACGGCGGCCAUCGCGGUAAUCAUGAAAGACUUAAACAAGGCGUCAACAAAAAGGACCAUUGGGCUUCAGCCAAGCAACACAUUUUAGAAACACAUACGAAUAACGAGGAUACUCAUCGGGAAGAUACUCAACGUGAAGAUACCGAGAUUGAAAGGAGACGGAGAAGACGAAGGAAAGAAGGUGAAAGUAGUUCGAUCGGUGGCGGAAACAUACCAAGUAGCAGUAAAGUUGACGCUAGCCGUGUUAUCGCGGAGGAGGCUAAGACUAGACAAGUGCCGCGAAAGUUACCUCUACAAUCUACAAUGGAGCAACCUCGUUCGUGGUCUGAAGCCGAACGUAGAAAUAGUGGCACGCAAGUUAGAAGUAAAACUAAGCAAAUGCCAGUGAAUAAUGACGCACAGAAUUGUUGUGACACAAACGAGACUAGAUCGAUUAAUCAAGUGACUCGAAACGGCCUCCGAAACUGGGAGGCAGAAUGUACAUCUAACAGCGGCAGAGAAGAAGCUACUGACGCGAAUGUUAUUAUUCGUAACGCCAUGUGGUCCGAACAGUGGCGCCCACCACCAGAUGAUGUUCAACCUUGCUCUAGCAAAACUAUCGAUCCUUAUAGCUUUGCCUGAUCGUCUUGUGAAAUACGAAGCACACACACUUUAGGAUGAAAUCAUCGUGUCCAAAGAUUUAAGAUCCUGUAUAAAAUCAUUGCUGCCUUGUACAUUUUGCUGCCAAGAGGAUAAAUUUUCUUUAGUUCGGGUCUCGAUGUUUUGCAUGAAACAAAACCAGACUGCCCAACUUUGAUAAGCAAAUAAUGCUACUUCAUUCCAGUCAUGUACCAAAUAAUAAAUUUAAGUAAGUUUUAAUGGGAUUUUAAGUAUAAGACUAUUAUAGAGCACGUAACACCGAUAUAUAUAUUUGGAAUAAUAAUCAUUUUUUUAUUAUUAUUUGAUGCCAACAUGUUUUGAACUCCAUGCAUACUUGAAAAAAUGUUUAGUAUGUAUAUGUGUAUAUGUAUAUAUGUGUACACACACACACACACACAUAUAUAUAUAUAUAUAUAUAUAUAUAUAUAU